GCAUCAAGGUCUGCUUUUAAAAGUAUUCCGAAAAUAAAGAUCCAAAGGGAAAUGGUGUCGAGUAUAAAAGUGAUCUUGGCUCUCACUGUUAUGGCCAUUUUGGCAUAUACGGGGUACGCCAUCAAGUGCCAUCAGUGUCAUUCUGCCAUUACUCCCAAUUGUGAAAAGGAAAUAGGUCCAGGCUUGGAUUGCAAAAAGAUUUCCCCACCUCAAUUCCUGGAGGUCUUCUUCCCGGCUCUCAAUGCCACGGGUUGUAAGAAGGAUGUAUACGACUUUCCUGAAUUUCACGCCAUCAUUAGAAGCUGUUUCUAUGGCAAUAUUAACAACAUACCAGAAGAUUGCAGGACUGAUCCCAACUGCGAGAUCUGCACCACAGACGGGUGCAAUUGAUCCUCCUCUCUGACCAUCAAUGCCGAGGUUAUCAUUCUUCACUUUGGCUAGGCUCGUCUGAUGGCCAAAACUGGUAGGUCUUCUUGUAACAUCGCUGGACUAUCCCAACCAAAUCAAGCCUGCAGUACAACUAGUCACUUUUAAAUCAAUUUAAUUGUUGUACACCAUUUUAACAAUUUUUGUCCACAAUAAAGAUCAUUUUAAUUAUUUGUUAUUGACAUUUUA